CUUUUUCUAGCUCUUAAUAAUAUGUAAGAGACAACGCACACACACACACACACACACACACACACACACACGUUGGUAAUCUUUUGGAAUCCUGAUCAUCAGUCUCACGGCAGUUAACUGCAUAUAGUAUCGAGGUAGGGCCCUGCAGCACACUUUCUCUCCUAUUCACCCAAUAAAUAAAAAGUGCUGUAGUUAAUAUUUUUAUUUUUAUUAUCAUUUGUAAAUUAGGCAGUGAUAACCUUAAAUGUUACUACAAAAUAAUCUUAUGCAGAUAAUUUUAACUUAAAAAAUCAAAUUUUGCUUAAUUCUUGUUUUUAACAGAAUUUAUCAGUGUAACAAUAAACAAACAUGCAUUACUGAUGAUGCAAAGCAAAAAAAAAAGAGGAAGAAAAUUAUUUAAAUUAAUUAAACGUAGCCGUGUUUAUCAGAAGUGGGUGGGGCUUCACCUAUGCCACUUGGCUAUUGGCUGAAUGAGCUGUCGAUCACAGCUUCAAGACUUUGCAAGAGUAGAGUGAGAGAAAGAGCAGACGAGUGGAGGAGAAGCGUGGAGGAGACACAACUGACUACAUAGAGCACUGCAGUCAUGUAAAGGCGAACGGAGAGGACGUCCACUGAAGACCGUCCUGCGUUACAGUAAAAAAAAAAAAGAAAGAAAAAAGUGAGGAACAGACAUGGACGAGGAGUGGAAGGAGAGGAAGCGCAGCAGAUACUGCAUGCUGAACUGGGAGCAGGUGAAGCGCCUGGACACCGUCCUCACUGAGUCCAUCCCCAUCCACGGCCGCUGGAGUUUCCCCACGCUGCAGAUGAAACCGCGGAACAUCGUCAAAGCCGUGCGGUGCAGAAUGGCCGAGCGGAACAUCUGCGUACGCGAGGUUCGGCUGAACGGCUCGGCCGCCAGUCAUGUCCUGCAAGAGGACAACGGCUUAGGGUACAAAGACCUGGACCUGAUCUUCUGCACCGAGCUAAAGGACGAGCUGCACUUCCAGACUGUUAAAGACAUCGUGCUGGAUGCUCUUCUGGACUUUCUGCCAGAAAUAGUGAACAAGACCAAGAUAACGCCGCUCACGCUCAAGGAGGCGUACGUUCAGAAGAUGGUGAAGGUGUGUAAUGACUCGGACCGCUGGAGUCUCAUCUCUCUGUCCAAUAACAGCGGGAAGAACGUGGAGCUGAAGUUUGUUGACUCCCUGCGCCGUCAGUUUGAGUUUAGCGUUGACUCCUUCCAGAUCCGCUUGGACUCGCUCCUUCUGUUCUAUGAGUGCUCUCUGGAGAAUGUGAUGAGCGUCUCGUUUCACCCGUCCGUCCUGGCCGAGAGCGUGUAUGGAGAUUUCGCAGGGGCCCUCGAUCAUCUCCGACGGCGUCUUAUCGUCACGCACAACCCUGAAGAGAUCCGCGGAGGCGGCUUGCUGAAAUACUGCCACCUGCUACUGCGAGGCUUUCACACCCCACACCGCCGCGAAAAAGGUGACUACCGUGAGAUGCUGCAGCGCUACAUGUGCUCGCGCUUCUUUAUCGACUUCCCACGUGCGUCCGAGCAGCAUCGCAAACUCGAGUCGUACCUCCAGAGCCACUUCGUCGGACAGGAGGAGUGCAAGUUUGCGUACCUGAACAUGCUGCAUGACGUGGUGCGCGAGAGCAGCGUGUGUCUGAUGAACCGCGAGAGAUGCCGAGUGCUCGAGAUCAUCGCCGCGAUGGCGGUUAGAGCGCUGGCCGAACAUAGCGACGUCCCAAAUGUGGAAAACGUCACAUGCUACUACCAGCCCGCUCCGUACGUCAAAGAUGGGAACUUCAGCAACUACAGCGUGGCUCAGGUGCAGAGUGUGUACACCUGCGAAACCGACCAAUCAGGACAAGUUUGGGUCUGUUUAUUUAUGUGAGAGAGAAUGUGCUGAAAACAUGGUGUCCGUGUCAACCAGUCAGAGUGGAGCUCUUGAUGGGCAGAGCCACAGACCAAUCAGAACGAGGAAGAUCAAAGCCAGAUGUUUAUGGAAGCGAAAGAAAAACUAACUAAUCAGAGAGCAGUGAUUGUACAAUGGACCAAUCAGGUUUGGUUUGAUCUGCGCCGAUCCUUUAUACCUGACCGACACAGUCAAUUCAAUUUGAAUUCAUCAGAAGCAACCAAUCACAGAGCAGGAUCCAUGUGGUGGUCAGAACCACAUACACUGUUUCUUCAUGUGCUUCAAAAAAACAUGGAGCAGGAUUUAAACUUAGAACCAUGUGUGAUAGAUGGAGGAAAGGGCUAGUUAGGAUGGAGGCUGAUUUGAGACGCGAACAUUUUAAUAUUAUUGGUAGAGGAUUAAUAGCGGGUCCUUUUGUUUUGGGAUCUUCUGAGACGACUGUGAAGCAUAAAGCAGGGAUCUUAUGAUCAGAGCAAAAUCAGUGGUCUCCAGGACCUUGGUCCUGGCUUGCUUGUUCUAAAGGUAUGGAGAAGAAUUCUAGUCCACACCUUUCUGGCUUUAAAGAACUUUCAUAAUUUUUUUUUUUUUUACGCAAGAAAGCAAAAAGAGGGAGAACGUGAUGGUUGGAGACGAGAACCGAGAGAGACAGAGGAGUGAGGGAGAAGAGAGAAGGUCACUCGGUUCAGUUUCCAGUUGAUGCCAAAAUCUGAAGAAACAGCCGUCACACCAGCAACAUGAGCCUGAGAGCUAGAACCGAGCUCUGAUUCUGAUUAGGAGAAUAAAGAGGGAGGACACAGAGUGUGAGAGAGAGAACAUACCGGAUCGAGUGCGAACAUGUCACGUCAGCACGUGUUCACGUUUUAGCAUUAGUCAAACUCAAAUACGCACGAUACAUUAAAGUCAAUCGUUUCACAGA